GGUAUUAUUCGUCGAAUAUCCUAAAAUGGUCAGUGACUAUUUGUAGAAUAUUCUUAAAGUUUAGUGAUUAUUCGUGGAAUCCUUGAAGUUUCCGGUAAACCCUAAUCCACGAACAAGGUCAUGGUCGCUACUCCUCCUUCCUCCUGGAUCCUCCUCCCUCUCAUCGCCAUCGCCGCCACAUUGUACGCGCUGCUCUUCUCGACCAUCGCACCGCCGGCGCGUGGGAUCCAGGAGCUCGCCGUGGACGCCAAUGCGCCUUCUUCUUGCGAUUACUCGGCGGGGACGUGGGUGUUGGAUCCCUCGCGGCAGCCUUCCUACUCGGAAGACUGCCCCUUCCACAGGAAUGCGUGGAAUUGCCAGAGGAGCCGGCGGCCGGGAAUGGAGAGGAUCUCGGCGUGGCGGUGGAUUCCCAGGCAAUGCGAGCUCCCGGCUGUGGAUCCCGCGGGAUUCCUGGCCGCGAUGAGAGGCCGGCGAUUAGGGUUCGUGGGGGACUCGCUCAACGAGAAUUUCCUCGUUUCUUUGCUCUGCGUGUUGCGCCGCGGCGAUCCCGUGGCGCGCAAGUGGAAGCGCAAGGGCGCGUGGAGGGGAGCGUUCUUUCCUUCUUUCAACGUCACCAUUGGCUAUCAUAGAGCUGUCCUUCUAGCUCAAUACCGCGAGCUACAGCCAAGUGAUCUUCCAGGGCCACUCAAGAACACCAAGCUAAAGAAGGCGUUUCGGGUGGACGUUGACGUGCCUGCUCCAGACUGGGCCAGUGUUCUCAGCUUCUACGACGUGUUUAUCUUCAACACGGGGCACUGGUGGAGCCGAGACAAGUUUCCAGAUGACGAGCCUCUAGUUUUCUACAGGAGAGGCAAACCGGUCCUGCCACCCUUGGGAAUGAGAGAGGGCCUUUCGGCAGUGCUGCGUCAUAUGGUUCCACGCAUCGAAGCCGCGCUGCCAUCCACCGCUCUGGCGCUCUGGAGGCUCCAGUCCCCGCGGCAUUUCGAAGGUGGCGAGUGGAAUCAGAACGGGAGCUGUAUGUCCGAGACGCUGUUGUCCGAUCAAGAGCGGGAGAAAUGGUUUAGCAGUGGAACAAACAGCGAAGCGCGCGAGAUCAACACGCUCAUCCAAGAAGUUCUCCAAACGAGCCAAAAGUUUCGGGUGCUAAACAUCACACCUCUGAGCGAAUACCGACGAGACGCUCAUCCCGCGAUCUGGCUGGGACGAAAAGACGCGCACUUGACGUGGGGGCAGGACUGCUUGCACUGGUGCCUCCCGGGGCUCCCAGACACCUGGGUCGAUAUCCUUUGCGAAAUCAUCCUUGGAUUCUUCCAUUCCAGAGCUUAAGAAAAAAAAAUUUAAAAAAUACUUUGUAGCAUUUUCUCUUGCGAGAAAAUCUCUUUGCCUUGUCUCUAAACGUUCCUCUUCCUCCAGGAACUUCGGGAAAAGAACUGGCUAUGAACAGAAAGAAUAUGGCGUCAAUGUAUGUACA